UUAGCGACACAGCUGAUCACUCCCAGUUCCCACACGACAACCCAACACAGAGUUAUUAGGGCACAAACCCAAGGCACUACAGAGGACUCCAACGCACAACUCAUCAAAUCUCACAAUCUCACCACCACCACCGAUCUCCGCCGUGAGCUCUCUUUCAAUGGCGGACUCUCCGCCCUCGCCGGCGACCACAGAACCCAAUCCUCAACCUUCCGACCCACCCGAAAACCCGCCCUCCCAAUCCAAUCAACCCGAUCCAUCUCCGCCGCCACAAUCCUCAUCCGCUCCAUCUACCUCUCUUCUAGUAAACCCUAACCCUAACCCUAACCCUACUCCACCGCCACAAAUCAUCUAUCCCUAUGCGCUGCCGCAAGUCCCCGCCGUAGCACCGACGGCUCCGUCGUUCCGGCUGGUGCCGCCACCUGUUCCGGUCUCAUCCGCGCCGCCGCAGUUCUCGCCCCUUCCGGUUCCGAAUUUUCAUAACCCUAAUUUUCAGAGCUCUGUCGGCGUUCAGCCACCGGGUGUUUCAAUGAUGCAAACCUAUGCUCCGCCGGGUCAGCCUCCCAAUCCAGCUUUCAGGCAUUACGCUCCGAUGCCGAAUGGUUACCCAGCAAUUCCCACUCCUCAAGGGACUAUUCCUCCUCCGGUUAUUAUUGUUAUUUUAGCGGCAACAACCUUUUGAUCGUGCCAUUGCUCUGGUUCUGAUGCAUGAAGUUGUAUGCACAUCUUUAAAAUUUGUAAGUACUAGAAAAUUGUGAACUUUAUAUUUUAUUUUAUUUUAUUUGGUAAACCCAAUAUUUUGUGUAUUGAAGUUAUUAUGAAGAGUUGUUUAUGGUUCAUGGAUAGUAUUAGUAUAGUUCUAUGGGUCUUGCUAACAAGUGCCUCUAUAGCACAAGAAGAAGAAGAAGAAGAAGAAAAAAAAGGAACACUAUACCCUUUUUUAUUGAAUUCAAAAUACUUUUCACUCAAAUCAAAACACUUUUUUAUAUUUUCACUCUAAUCCCAAUAAUAAACAAUGCCCCAAGGGCACUCGUUAGCAUUUGCCUUUAUAUUACAUGGGUUUAAUAGUAUGAUUUAGAGGGGAAAAGUUUGGUUGAGAGGAGUUGGAAGCAAUUCGUGCUGGUUGUAUAAGGGGUAUCGAUGACAGGAUGUUUUCUCCUACAGUGUCCUGAUUGAUUACGGUCAGAAAGGUUCGAAGGCUUCAUAUUGCAGUUCCUUAGAGACUUCCACUCUACAACUCCUUUGUUGGUAUGCACAUAUUUGCUUAGUUUCCUUGAAUUUUUUUUUUCUUUUUUGAAAUAUGACAUCAUUUUAGUGAAAAAUUUGUUUCUAUGCUCAAAACUGGCAUAGAGGAAAUUGAACGAUAGGGAAUAGUUGAACAAAUGUAUUCUUCCUAGUUGUCAUGCUAAAUAUUGUCUGGUUGGCCAUGUUCAUUUAGUGGGCUAUUAUCUGGUAGUUAUAAGGAUACUUUGUUUUCCCUUUAAUGGGCUCUUGAUAUUUGAAUUGCGGCAGCAGAUCAUGUUAGCAACUGAGUCCUCAUUGCCUUUGCAUUCCAAGGUAUCACUAUCUUUUCAUUUACAGUCUCUCUUUCUUUCUUUCUCUCUCCCCCUCUAUCUGGUUCUUUCUUUGUGGUUAUUUGCGCAUUGAGAUGUUAACAGUUGAGAUAUUUAAAGAUUCUGGAACACUAAAAUAUUUGUAUCUUCAAUUUCUUUGGCGUUAAUGAGACGCAUGUUAUCCAAUUUCAAAACUUCAUAAUCAGUGCAUGGGUUAGUUUGAGAAGGCUACUAUUUGCAAGUGGAUGCAUAAGGUAAGCUCACCUCACAUAUCCAUGAUUUAUGAGCUCGAUGUUAUUGUCUUUAUGUUCCUUCAGGUUAUCUGUUCAGGUGGUGAUUGUUCCCAUGCCUGUGCUGCCAUCUCUAUUAUGCAUGUAAUAUGUGGUAAAAGCAUUUGGUUAUUCUGUGAAAUUAUUUUAGCUACGUAGUUUUAUGGAUGGGAAAGACUGUUGUUACUAUAAUUGGUCUGUAAACCUGUUCUGACAAUUUUGCAUAGAUUUUUUUUCCCAUUCUUGCAGGUAUUCGCUAUCCAUUCACGCCAAUGGUUCGGCAAGCAUUUUCUCUACGGCCACCAGGUGCAAUUGGCAUGGUUCCACCAUUGUCACGGCCCCCUGUUCUAGGAAUUCGUGGUCCGAUUGUUACCCCCAUGCGUAGGCCAGCACUCUUUCCCAAGUGUUGACCAACAGAGAAACCGCAAACUACAGUUUAUGUUGGCAAGAUUGCAUCAACAGUUGAAAGUGAUUUCAUCCUCUCUCUCCUUCAACUUUGUGGACCUGUCAAGAAUUGGAAACGUGCUCAAGAUCCGACAAACGGCACUCCAAAAGGAUUUGGUUUUUGUGAAUUUGAGUCCGCUGAAGGGGUUCUUCGUGCAUUAAGGCUGCUGAGUAAAUUAAAUGUUGAUGGACAAGAGUUGGUGAUAAAUGUUACACAAGCAACAAGAGAGUAUCUUGAGCGUUAUGUUGAAAAGAAAGCUGAAAACUCAAAGAAACUCAGAGAGACUGAAACUGAAGGGGACCAGAAAGAUCAAGAAGGUGCACUGAGUGCUGAGAAGAGUGAACCUCCAAAACCCUCUGUCGAUGACUCAAAGAAAGAUGACAAGGAUUCAGGGAAUGAAGAAAAUAAUGACACUGCUAACUUUGGCAUUGUGACCGAUGAAGACAGGGAAGCUGACCGAGAAGCUUUAGAGAAGCUUACUGGUAUGAUAGAAGAGAGGUUAAAGAACAACCCUUUACCCCCACCACCUCCACCUCCACUGACAGCUGCUGAUGGUUCUGGUAAAUCAAACUCAGAGCAACCAGCUAGAUCAAAGGAUGGGGACUCGGAUGUGGAUAUAAUGAGAAAUGAUGCUGCAGAAGAUAAAAUUGAUGAUGAGAUGACAAGUGAAAGUAAACCUACAAGUGAGCAUGACAGACCUGAAACAAGCUCACCUGAUAGGAGUAGAAGGUAUGAUAGGAGGAGCAGAGAUAAGGAGCGAGAUCUGAAACGGGAAAAAGAAAGAGAACUGGAAAGAUAUGAAAGAGAUAGGGAGCAGGAACGAGCUAGGAGAGAGAGGGAAAGGUACAAGCUUAAGGAAGAUGAUCGUAGGUACAAGGCGCGUGUUAAGGAGUGGGAAAUACGGGAGAGAGAUAAAGAGUAUAUGAGGAAGCUGGAGAAGGAGAAGGAGAAAGAAAGGGAGUACAAACGGAAGCGGGAAAUUAUGGACCAGGAGCAUGACAACGAUGAUGGUGAUUCCAAAAGGAGGAAACACAAGAGCAGCGGGUCAGAGGAGAGAAAAAGAAAGCUAAGGGAAAAGGAAGAAGACAUGGCCGAUAGACAAAGAGAAGAGGAAGAAGAUGCUGAGGCCAAGAGGAGGGCUGAUGAGGAACUGCAGCAGCAGAAACAACAACAGAAAGCUGCGCUGGAAAUUUUGCCUGGCUACAUAACUAAUGGAAGUGAUAAAGCCAUAUUGCCUGAUGAAACUAAUGUCGGGAGCAAAGACAUGGAUGUUGAUGAAACUUAUGAUGGGGAUUCUGAUCAUGGAAACCACGAUGGUUUGGACAUCCAUUUGCCAGGGGGUGGGAGUGUACCUAAUGGCAAUGGGGAUGAAUUAGUCAUGGGAUCAAUUGCUGCAUCAGAUAGGCAUAAUAGCAAUGUUCCUGCUAAAAAGUUGGGGUUUGGUCUUAUGGGAUCAGGAAAACGGACUGCUGUCCCCUCUGUUUUCAAUGAGGAGGAAGAUGAGGAUGCACAGAAAGAUAAAAAGAUGAGGCCUCUGGUUCCCAUUGAUUACUCAACUGAGGAACUGCACGUUGCCCCUACCACUUCUGGCGCACCAUCUCCAAACUUGGCUGCGGCAGCAGAAUUUGCAAAACGUAUCUCUGGUGUUGCUCCGAAAGAAGAGAGGCCUGAUGCAGAAAAAGAAAGAACAAGACGUUCUCAUGAUAGUAGGUCUAGCCAGCGGGAUCGAGACCGGAAUGAGUUUGAGACACAUCGCACCAGGGAUGAACGUAAAAAAGAGAAUUUUGAACGCGACCGAGAUCGGGAACAAGGACUGGAUAAAGUGAAGACACCUGAUAAUAAAAAGCUAUUGGAUGCGAAGCAAUUAAUUGAUAUGAUACCGAAGACCAAGGAUGAGUUAUUCUCAUAUGAAAUUAACUGGGCCGUUUAUGAUAAGAAUGAGCUGCACGAUAGAAUGAGACCAUGGAUCUCUAAGAAGAUAACAGAGUUCCUGGGCGAGGAAGAGACCUCACUGGUGGACUACAUUGUGUCCAGCACGUGUGAACACGUGAAGGCAUCUGAAAUGCUGGAGAGGCUCCAGUCUAUCUUGGAUGAUGAAGCGGAAAUGUUUGUGCUGAAGAUGUGGAGAAUGCUCAUCUUUGAAAUUAAGAAAAUAGAGACUGGUCUUGCUUUGAGGUCUAAAACCUGAUGAAUUUCAUCCAGAUGUUGAGGGCUUCCCUGUAGCUGCAGAAUUGAUUUUCAUUUACUUUUUCUUUGACAUUAUUUCUGUCUCAACUCUCCCUUGUACUCUAAAAGAACGAAGGCACGCGGCACUUCUCUUGAGGCAUGAUUUAUUCUUCAGUUUGUAAUGAUUUAGGCAAGUUGGUGCAGUUAAAUCCAAUUUUUUUUUUUGUUGCACUUCGCAUCUGCAUAAUAUCAAUGUUGUGGAAAACCAGUAUUUUGAUAUCUGGAUUAGAUUGUAUUAGUAAACCUUUUGAAGUGCUCAAUCAAUAUAUAUAAAAGGGUGCUUUUAAAGAA